GUUAUUUAGUUAUGUAUGGAGAUCAACAUAAUGAAAAUAUUGACGUGUUGUGUCCUUGUGUUGCUUGCUCUAGUAGCAGCGGAUGACACAUUUCCCGAAGAUUUUUCUUGGGGUGUUGCCACUGCGGCCUAUCAAGUAGAGGGUGGAUGGAAUGCUGACGAUAAAGGUGAAAAUAUUUGGGACUAUAUGCUCCAUCUCAACCCCGGAUUUGUAUGGAACAACCAAAACGGCGACGUUGCUUGCGAUACGUACACACAUGCAGUUGAAGACGUUGAAAUAUUAAAAGCAAUGGGUGUCAAUCAUUAUCGUUUUUCUAUUGCCUGGACGAGAAUUUUGCCUACCGGCAAGAACGAUUAUAUUAGUGAGGCAGGCGUCAGAUACUACAACAACCUGAUCAAUGCGUUGAUUGACGCUAACAUAAAGCCAUUAGUUACAUUACAUCAUUGGGAUUUGCCGCAGAGUCUCGAGGACCAGGGUGGUUUCUUGAGUCAGGAAAUGCCACAGUGGUUUGAGGAUUAUGCAAGAGUUUGUUUUGAAAAGUUUGGGGACCGUGUUAAAAACUGGGUUACCUUCAACGAACCUAUAACUACAUGCAGAGAUGGAUACGAAUCUGGAGACAAAGCACCAUCUAUUAAAAAUCCUGGCACUGGCGCCUAUGAAUGUGCCCACCAAGUUUUGUUGAGCCACGGUAAAGCUUACAGGCUCUAUGAAAGGGAAUUUAAGUCUAAUCAAAAUGGACGUGUUUCGAUUGUAAUUGAUACCAGCUGGUAUGAUCCAAAAACUGACAGCGACGCUGACAGAGAGGCAGCAAAUAGGAAUCUUAUAUUCAACUAUGAGUGGUGGAUGAUGCCUUUGUACCAAGGUGACUAUCCAGAACUCAUUAAAACAGUGGUGGCCGAAAACAGUAGAGAAGAAGGAUUACCUAAAUCACGCUUGCCGGAGUUUACUGAUGAACAAAAAGCCAUGCUUAAAGGAUCAUAUGAUUUUGUUUCAUUAAACCAAUAUACCACUUACCGGUGUACUCCGGGUGGUGACUGGUCAGAGAAGACAUCCUCUUGGUGGCGUGACAUUAAAGUUGAUUGUGACCAACCUGACGACUGGAAACCAGGUUCUGGCUGGCUUAGAGUUACUCCAUGGGGAAUGAAGAGCAUGUUAGAAUAUAUUAGGGAUCGUUAUGAUAAUCCAGAAGUAAUAAUCACUGAGAACGGGUAUUCAGAUGGUGGUGAAUUGAAGGACGAGGAUAGAACGUACUAUCAUAGAGCGUACAUAGAAAAAGUACUUGAAGCAAUAAAUGAUGGAUGUAAUGUAAAGGGAUACACAGCCUGGAGUUUCUUGGAUGAUUUUGAAUGGACUGCUGGCUAUUUAGCUAAAUUUGGACUAGUAAGAAUCGAUUUCGAUGCACCCGAAAGGACAAGGACAAGAAAGUAUUUUUCGUAUGUUUAUGAAAACAUAAUUAAAACACGAAAGGUAGAUUGGAAUUACGUACCAGACUGGCCAGGUGAAUUGCAUAAUUCAAACCAAACGAUAACCUACCCGAAGAAACGAUUUUCGAAGAAAUAUCUUCGUAAGAAGAAUUAAUUAUAUAUUAUCGAUAAUAAAAAUAAUUCUAUUUUAAGAA